AUGAGAGAUUCUACUUCAUCAUUUCUUUCUUUCUUUCUUUCCCCUGAAUCAUUAUUUGUAUUUUCUUUCUUUCUUUCUUUCUUUCUUUCUUUCUUUCUUUCUUUCUUUCUUUCUUUCUUUCUUUCUUUCAAUCAUCAUUUCUUUCUUUCUUUCUUUCUUUCAAUCAUCAUUUCUUUCUUUCUUUCUUUCUUUCUUUCAUUCUUUCUUUCAAUCAUCAUUUCUUUCUUUCUUUCUUUCUUUCUUUCAAUCAUCAUUUCUUUCUUUCUUUCUUUCUUUCUUUCAAUCAUCAUUUCUUUCUUUCUUUCUUUCUUUCUUUCUUUCUUUCUUUCUUUCAGUCAUCAUUUCUUUCUUUCUUUCUUUCUUUCUUUCAGUCAUCAUUUCUUUCUUUCUUUCAAGAUACAAAGUUAUCUGCAAAGGAAACCAAUUAACUCCCCUCUCUCUGCAUCCUCUGUUUUUCUUGUUUCCAUUCUCUUUCUUUUCUUUUUACCUCUCUCGCUCUCUAACUCACCCUCUACGUGUAUUUUUCCUUCGCACGCUUCAAAUAUCAUCUGCCAUUUUCUCUCGCUCACUCUCUUUCUUCUCAUCUAUUUAUCUUCUCUUUCUCUCAUUUCCUUUUCUCUGUUUGUCAUGCUUCCAACUCACACUUCUGUGUGCGUGUCUCUCUUUCUCUGUCUUCGUUCCCACUCACUCAUUUAUUAUCCUUCAACUCUCUUUUUCUUCAUCUCCCUCUUUCAUUCAGUAUCAAGUUAUCUGUCCUUCUUUGAAAUCAGGUCUCCAUUUGCCACUCGGAUCUCCACUUCUCCAACUGUCUUCAUAUUUUCCUCCACUUUUUGCCUUUCCAUCUCACUGUUCACACCUCUCUCUAUUGUUCUUUAUCUUACUCUUUCUCACUUUCUCUCUCUCUCUCUCUCUCUCUCUCUCCAUCUGCCACCUCUCUCUAUUUCUUUCUAUCUAUCUAUCUAUCUAUCUAUCUAUCUAUCUACUUUAAUAUCUUCCUUAUCUAACUAUCUAUCUAUCUAUCUAUCUAUUUUAAUAUCUUCCUUAUCUAACUAUCUAUCUAUCUAUCUAUCUAUUUUAAUGUCUUCCUUAACUAUCUAUUUAUCUAUCUAUCUAUCUAUCUAUCUAUCUAUCUAUCUAUCUAUCUAUUUUAUUUUCUUCCUUAUCUAUCUAUUUUAA